AUGUCGCUAGAGAAGAGAGUAGUUGUUACUAUGGGUUUUGGUGUUGUCUCAUUUUGUUGCUCGAAAGGCCAACCGCUCAUGAUAAAGACGGAGGGUAUGAAUGGACAAUCGACAAUGGUCAAUGUCAUCCUCCCAGACCACAAAAGGGAUAUCUUCAUCGCAUACGACAAAAAAAAGGACGAAGGAUUGAUUCCUUUUGACAAGAAAGGGUGGUUUUUAUGGGGAGGUAUUUGGAUCUUUCUUACGGGGAAAAAGAAGAAUAGAAAGGCGCCCGAGGAUGACGGUCUGGUUCUCUUUAUGGUGUUCACUUGUCAAACCUAGAACGCUGGUAUAUUUAUAUCUUGUUGCAAUACAAAAGGGCUUUGUUCGAGGGUUUAAAGGAAUAGAUGAUGUUUCCAGUACAAUAGGCAUGACCACGAGAGGGAUAGAUUAUAUAUUUAGCGCAUGGCCUUGCUCGAUUACUUCACAAAUUAGCGUCAGGAUAUCAAUGUAUCAUGAAGAUUUAUUAAUCGCUGUCGAAAACCUGUGCUGGACCUAACGUUGGGAGGUAGCAGCGAAUCUUUAUGAGUUAGUUGAAUACGCAGCUUCCGGAGUAUGAUGCCCCUUAAGUAACACCACAGCUCGGGAAGGCUAAUUGGUCUAAGUCGUUAAGAUCUGUGUGUAGGAUUAGGG